AUGGAGACAACAUGGGCCACAUCUGCAAGCAUAGUUUUCACAUUUGCAUUUGCUCUAGCAUGGGCAUGUAAGGUGCUAAACUGGUUAUGGCUAAGGCCUAAGAGGCUAGAAAGACUCCUAAGAGAACAAGGCCUCAAAGGCAAUCCAUAUAGGCUUUUGGAUGGGGAUUUAAAGGAUACCCUGAAGAUGGAAAAGGAAGUUAGAUCUAAACCCAUGAAUCUCAAUGAUGAUUUGGUGUUUUCUGUGUUUCCCUAUCUCCAUUACAGUGUCAAUAAACAUGGCAAAAGUUCUUUUAUUUGGUUUGGACCAACACCUAGGGUGACCCUUGCAGAUCCUGACCUAAUCAAAGAUGUACUUAACAAGAUUUAUGACUUCCCAAAGCCUGAUUUGAAUCCAGUUGUUAAAUUACUAGUUACUGGUCUUGUCCACUAUGAGGGAGAAAAGUGGACCAAGCACAGAAGGAUAAUCAACCAUGCAUUCACUUUAGAAAAAUUAAAGAAUAUGUUACCAUUAUUCUCCCAAAGUUGUAAUGAUUUGAUAAGCAAAUGGGAGAGCAUGUUGUCUUUAAAUGGAUCAUGUGAAAUAGAUGUGUGGCCUUUCCUUCAAAACAUGACUAGUGAUGUGAUUUCUCGAACCGCAUUUGGAAGUAGUUAUGAAGAAGGACAGAGAAUAUUUCAACUUCAAAAAGAGCAAGUUGAACUUUCAGCAGAAGCUAUGAAGAAAGUUUACAUCCCUGGGUGGAGGUUUCUACCUACUGCUAUAAAUAGGAGGAUGAAGGAAAUUGAUAGAGAUAUCAGAGCUUCACUCAAGUUUAUUAUUAACAAGAAAGAGGAAGCACUAAAGGCAGAGGGAGCUACUAAGAAUGACUUACUAAGUGUGCUUUUAGAGUCAAAUCACAAGGAAAUUCAAGAACAUGAAAACAAUAAGAAUGUUGGAAUGAAUCUUCAUGAUGUAAUCGAGGAAUGCAAGCUAUUCUAUUUUGCAGGACAAGAGACCACUUCAGUUUUGCUUGUUUGGGCAAUGGUGUUAUUAAGUAGGUACUCUGAUUGGCAAGCACGUGCGAGGGAAGAAGUGUUUCAAGUCUUUGGCAACAAAAAGGCAGAUUUUGAUGGGCUAAGCCAACUUAAGAUUGUCACCAUGAUUUUGUAUGAGGUUCUUAGGUUAUACCCACCAGUAGAAGGGCUAGCUCGAAUUGUUCCAAAAGAUAUGAACCUUGGAAGCAUUACACUACCUGCUGGAGUGCAUCUUUACUUACCAAUAAUCUUAGUUCACCAUGAUCGUGAACUUUGGGGUGAUGAUGCUAAGGUGUUUAAUCCUGAGAGAUUUUCUGAAGGGAUUUUGAAAGCAACAAAUGGCAAAGCUUCAUUUUUCCCAUUUGGAUGGGGUCCUAGAAUUUGCAUUGGACAAAACUUUGCCUUGGUGGAAGCAAAGUUGGCUUUAGCAAUGAUUUUACAACAUUUUUCAUUUGAACUUUCUCCAGCCUAUACUCAUGCUCCAGCUCAAGUAAUUACCCUUCAGCCACAACAUGGGGCUCAUAUCAUUCUGCAUAAAGUGAAAAUGUAG